AAAUCCCACACACAUUGGGUCAUCCAUCCGAGCACAGAGAUGGAUAACAAAACUCAAAUGAGAAAGGACAUAUUAAUUUAUAAUACUAAGACUAGUAGGAAGUUGUAUAGUAUUAGACAAUCGGCAUAGCAUAGCAUAGCAAAAUGUCCAUAGCCUUCUCUCAGCAGAGCUUGCUAAUCAACGCUCUCACUCCAUCCCACAAACCCAACAACAACAAGAACCUGAUUCCUCUGAAUUCCAUACCUAUCUCAUGUGGCUACCAAUCAGAUCACCCUAAAAAUUCCUUAAAAAAUGAGAACCCCUUGGCAAAACUGGCAAUAGUAACAUUGGCAGCUGGGGUUUUGACACUGGGAUCAGUUGACCCUGCAUCAGCCGCCAAGACAGGCGGCCGAGUCGGUGGUCAGGCCUUCCGUUCAUCGGCUCCUCCACUCUCCUCACCUAGAAUCAAUAAUUCAAGGACCAAUGUUUAUAUCAAUCCACCAGUUGCACCACCCCUAGUUGGUGGAUACGGGUAUGGAUUUGGUGUACCAUUUUAUGGAGGAUGGGGUUGGUCACCAUUUUCAUUCUUUGCCCCGGGUCCCAGUGUUGCUGUUGGCAUUGGAGGUGGAUUUGAUCUCUUGGUUCUGUUCAUAUUUCUUGGUGCUGCUUCUGCUGUCAUCAGGAGAUUCUUUGGAUCCAGAGAAGAAGAUGAUGAUUACUAGUAGUGUAAAUUAAACUUGUUUAUAAAUGUAUCAAGUACUAAGGUAGUUUUGCUCAGGAGGCUACAUAUUAAACAUCCUCGGCUAGACAUAGCAUCAAACAACAAAACGUUGUAAUUAUUUGUAUUUCAGAAAAAACAUGCAGCUAUUAUGCACACAUUUCAGUAAGUGAAUAUGGUAUAAGCUAUCAAAAUGAGCACUUGCAAUUUCCUCUGA